AUGUCCGGGAUAUCGAGGAGUUUUAAGUUUCCGACUCUAAGUCUUGCAAAGAAGCGGAAAAUAAGUCACGGGCUACCUCAUUUCAAUUGGGAAAAUGUCAACGAUCUGCACGAACUUGGUGUUGGUAACUUUGGCUCAGUUCAUUCUGCAAAAUACGUCCAUGGCUCAGAAGAGAAAAAAGUGGUGAUAAAGAAACUACGGGGAGAAUCGAACGAGGCCAAACGCCGCUUCAUAAAGGAAGCAGAGAUGCUGCAUUCCAUUAAACACCAAAACAUACCAAGUUUCAUGGGAUUUUCUGAUGCACCAUAUAGCUUGAUGAUGGAAUACGUCGCGUUCGACUUUGCGCGCUUGGGCCUCGAGAAGUCGGUAAGCAGUUUGGAAGAUUUUUAUCAUUUUGUCGAUUGUGAGUUUGAUUUUAAUAGCUUUGCCGAUGUCCUUCCAGUGUGUAUAAGGGAUGUGGUUACAGGACUAAAUUUUCUUCACCAAAUGGAAAUUGCCCAUCGCGAUUUGAAACCCAGUAAUGUUUUAGUUUCAAACCAGCAUUAUUGCAACUCAGAUAAAUCAUCGUUCGCAAAAGAAUACGAACGCUGCCCUAUUGUUUGCAAGGUUGCUGAUUUCGGGCUAAGCAGAUCUCUUGAUACACAAACAGGAUCCGUUUUACAAACGCGCACUGACGAUAUAUGCCGUGGCACUCCAGUAUACAUGGCUCCAGAAAUACAUACUGGUUUAUUAGGAAAGGCUUCCCAGGAUGACUUAAAGAAGACGGACAUUUGGUCGCUAGGUUUGUUGGCAUUUUCAAUGGUGAACCCAAAUCUGACCAACCCUUAUCGCAAAGAGGCGGAACUGUUGGGCAUCGAAUUUAACAUGGAAACAAUGAAAAAACUUAUGCAAGCUCAACAGCUUCCUGCCCAUGAUACUAAAUAUGAGUCACUUCGUGUUACUGAAUGGUGGCAAGUGGAAGAAGUCUUCUCCAUGUGUGCUAAGUUUUUACCCGAAUCCCGGCCUGUCAUAUCAGAUGUUCUUAAAAUAGUCAACAUUGAAGACCCAGAAGCCUCUCUAAUAAUUAAACCACUGAGUAUUAGCCAGAGUUCUGCUAUAGAAAACGUAAACGCAACUCUUGCUCAACAGUUGCAAACUUCGACGCUCCAAGCAGAAUUGGAUGAACAAAGUCUACGUGUAAAUGAUGGAACCAAUGCAUGCACAUUCCUUGCGAUUGCUAUGUGUGACGCGUUGUUGGACUGUCAAAGACCUAAUUCUGACCGAAAUGAAUCUUUGACUCACGUCACAGAACUGGCUGAGGACCUGAUAAAAACACUUCCAAAGAAGAUAAAUUGUCUUAGAAACAUUUCUGAGAAGUAUGAACUAUCUAAGGCUAAGGAUAUUCUUGAGUCAAAUGGUAUGUUAUCGACAAAGUACCAGUUAUCUGAAGAAUGUGUGUCCGGCAGUGGCGUGUUUUCAGAGAGUGGAAGGAAUGAACUAUUGUCUUCUCUGUGUACUAUUCCAUCAGACAUCAGAAGGAAGGUUGGUGUAUACACAUGCCCUCCCUAUGCUUUCAUGAUAGGGAUUUACAAUCACCAUAUCGUUAUUUUGGAUACACACCCAAUCAAUGCUGAGUUAGGUGGCAAUGGCAAUGGGAUCAUGGUGGCAACGCACGACAGGAGUCCUCGUUCUUGUCGAUUGAUUAGCCAGUGGAUUCUGAAGAGACUCAAAAUGAGUGGCGUGGAUCCAAAAACACCACAGAGUUUGGCAUGGUUUAUUGAAGUCUUGCAUCUAGGUAUGAUACAUAUAAUACACCACGUGAACAAGUUGUCAACAAGUUGUCGGCUGUAACACCCGUAACAACGUUGUUUAUAACUUGUUCGUGAGGUGUAUAUUCGGGGCCUGUCGAUAGGCGUGACACAUCCAUAUAUAGAAAUGCAGUAUCCUUGUCGACGUCGUGUUGUGUUUGCUAAAGCCCUCUGUUAAUUGGGAACAAGUUGUUGUUUUGUGCACGUGUAGCAUAAGUAGAUUUCAAAGCUAUAACAAGUUUUGGUUUGUGCAAACUUCAAGUAAAUUUAUUAUAGCAAAGCCUUCGAUCCGUAUGCCCGAUCUUUAUCGGAGCUAUUGCAUGAUCAGUAAGUUAACUUGGUGCUUCUACAAACCAAAAUCGCCGUUUAUUGUCACGCCAUUCUACAAGGAGCAUACUGCAUUAAAUUUCACAACUUCUAACAGUCCAGCCCAGUAUAUGUUGAAGUGCAAAAAAACCUAUUAAAACAACAGAGCAAAGAGAUUGUCAAUGAAUAACAGCGAUUUCAAUUAAGGUUGUCCCGAAGACAAGAAGAAAAGGUCGAAUAUGAGCGCGAAAGACUGUCGGGAAAGACUACUUUUAUUCUCGAAUACAUUACCAUUGAUUCAUAGGUUUUCCACUAAGUUUAAAAUUAGAUCUUGCUUUUUCAUGAAUAUAAAUCGCGAGUACGUAUCUCUAUAGCAACUAAAUUUUGUUCUGUUUGUGUAUUUUUAAUCGUCACUCCCAGCAAGCUUUCCGCUUGUAUUCGACUUUUCUGCUUUGCUCGGAGACAACCUUAAAUUAAUUGACAUAGCUGUAUACCUUAUUAUCCAAAAGUAUAAUGCAUCCACGUAGAUAGGCAGCAGAACAAAUGCUAAGAAAUUUGAGAUUUUCGUUACGUUUUCUAAUCAUAAUGUCUGUAUUAAUCACGAUUAGGUUGUUUGUUUGUUUGUUGUCAUUUACUUUUACAAAAACUCUUUUAAAAACUUUUUAUUCUCCAAUGAAACAUACAACAAAGACUAAAAUAUCCUGCCCAAAAACUUUAGAUUGCGAUCAGAAUGAUGUCACAAAAGAAACGGAUCCAUACGAAAAUACCAGUGAGUUAGAAGAUUCCGUUGAACAUCAUGAGGUAUUGUUGCUUUUUGGUAAAGCGAGACGACUACAAUUACAUGGACCGGGCCAGCCCCGUGAACUGGGGUGAAUAAACUCAGUAAUACCAUGGUUGCCUGAAUUUCUUUUGUCUUUACAGUUUCAAUUAAUAACUAAUACACCUAUCAUGAGGUCAUGCCAGGUGUAUUAGAACUAAUAAAGCCCCGCGAGUUCAUAAGGUCUAACAAGUCCCACGGCAAUUCCUGGUAAUCCUUUGUACUGAACAAAGAUACAGAACUUGUCUUUCACGCAUAUGUGAGCGCAGGUAUCGGUUUUUAUUCAAAUAUAAAGAUCUUGGACCUUGCUCUUAACAUGCAGUUGAACAAAGCCAUCUUCAUUGGUCUUUAAUCUUAUAUGGAAAUGUUUUUCCUCAGAGCACCAAAGAUGAAACAUGGCUAUGUGAAUCACGUGACGGCCAAAAUAAUCAGCAAGUGACAGCAAUCCACCAAAGUAUUUGCAUAAGCAGGUAAGUUAAGUCUACAUAAAAAAAUCACAAAAAUUACAUAACAUUUCUGCCCCCCCCCCCGAUCUUCAUUCGUCAGUCGACUCCCAAUCGCAUCGCGAGACAAAUCGGCGUGUUAAUAAGGUCAUCUGAAGCUCAGUUGUGCUGUGUUGAAGGCGAAUCGUUGCAACUAAACUGUAUGAUUUGGGUUUAAAAUGUUGCCUAAAAAAUUAUAAACCAAUUUCAAUAGACGUUGUAACAUUAAUUGUAACACUAAUUCAGUUUUCUGUACAAUGCCACUUAUUUCUGCUAAUGAAUCCCUUGGUUAUCUUUAACAGCGAUUCCAGUACUGAGGAAGAUGUGGAGCCAGAGAUGGAACUUUAUAAAGGUGACGCAUUAACUCCUGUUUAUGAACGAAGAAACGAGGCAUAUUCCAUAGACGAAAUUGCAAAGAUUUUGAUCUGUGACCAGGCAACGGAACGCCUUUGCAUUGCGCCGCCAGUCAACGUUUCCCACAACGUGUCCUUUUUGGUGGACAAUGCCAAAAUGAAAAAGAUUGACGAUCUAAAGUGCGACGACAUGGGAGCAUGGAUUCACACUGGUACACCGAAAAGGUCAAUGACAGCUACGUACAAAAACGGAGAGAUCAAAUCUAUUCUGCAUAGCACUGACAUGGAGUGCGCAAACAAUGGAAAAGCCUUUGUCGUGAAAAGGACGUAUUACGUGAACAAAUCCAGCAGUGAUGUGAGGAAGAUACUUUCUUCUUUGGAAGGUAGGUUAACAUUGCAUGUUUGUAAGUGAUGAUUACUUGUUAUGUGUGGAAUAACUUAAAACUGUUUCGCUCACAAAAUAGGAUUUUCAUUUUUUAUAUAUUGUAUUUGAACUAUGUAUUUGCUACGUUUUUAAUUGUGUGACGAAACAAGCGCUUGUAUAAGGCUAUUAAUUAUCAUGUUGACUAAAACGGUGUAAUUCGUUUAUUAGUUUCAUAGAUUUCUAACAGUUCGAUAAUUUUUUAAGUAAUACAUUUUUUCACUGGUGUAGAUUUUAUUAAAGAAAGGGCCCAAGCUUAGUUUUGAUUUUGUAGAUCAUAAGGCUUAUUAGCAUACGCCAAACUGUUGUUUUUCAUGUAGGUGAUCAAGUGGAAUCGCGAUACACACUUGUUCAAUAUCUCUUUAAGCAUAAUGAACAUGAAGUUAAAACACCUUUACCUCAUGGAAAUUCAAGAAAAGGCAAUUCAUAUAGACGUACGUUUCAAAGCACAAGAAAUGCUCUGCAAGUAUCUGUUGGCAGCAAAACGGAGAACCCGAACGAAGUACUAGACAAUGUUUACCGUUCUGUUGGGGACGUGACAGGAGCAAGAAGUCUUGGACAACUUCCACGGGGACCGCAGGAUGUAUAUAAUGCAAGAUUUGCGGCAAAGAAGUCCACAAAAUCCGUGACAAACUCAGACCCACUGUCGGAGCAAAACCGUGAAGUUAAAAUGGGAAACAUGAACGAAGUGGACGGUAUAUGGCAACUGUUGGAAAAAGCAAAAAGGGAAGAAGCGGAGUGUAGCGGAUCUACCUUUAUUCGAGAAUGCCGAGUCCACCCAGACUUUCUCUGUGUUUUAGCCAGUAACCGCCAGCUGAAGGAUCUGAAGCAUUUUUGCACAAAUGGGAACGAUUUCUGUGUUCUUGGGGUAGACCCAACCUUUAAUAUUUUCCAUGAAAAUAUUAGCCUUACUGUGACGACGUUUCGAAACCUGAAGUUGCACCACAACGCAACCAAGAAGUCGCCAGUUUUUAUAGGUCCACUUCUUAUGCACCAAAGAAAGGACUGGAAAACCUACUCACGAUUCGCAAACUCGCUUAUUGCUGAAUGUCCAGAUCUCGAAGGAGUCUUAGCUUGCGGCACAGAUGGAGAAAAGGCUUUAAUCGACGGCCUAAAGAGAAACUUUCGAUUUUCGUUGUUCUUGAGGUGUUUUAUUCACUUUAAAGAUAACAUUAAGAGAGAGCUGGAGCGACGAAACAUCCCACCUAGAGAAAAGAAAGUUUUUCUGAAUAAGAUUUUUGGGAAACAAGAGGAAGAAGUGAAAUUGUUGGGUUUGGUUGAUAGCAACGACGAAGACGAUUUUCAAAACAAACUGGAGAACUUGGAGGAAUUGUGGAACACCAGAGAAGCCCAAUGUGGUGGUUCUAACCGUGAUGGUACUUUCUAUGAAUGGUUUUUUAAAGAAAAGGUGGGUGGAUUAUUUUACAGAAACCUAGCCUGUUCUGCAGGCAUCUAUAUAUUUGCCUUGUCAAAGCAAUUUUUAAAAAGCAUUUUUUUGUACGCACGAACACGAAACGCUUGUGUAAGUUUUUGCACACCAUAAAUCAAAUACACGGAAGGCUCGAUUUCUACAUACAUGUUCCGUAAUAUCUAAAUGGUUUAAGGAGGCUCCCUACAGUUGCGUGCGGGAUGUUCGCGGGACCAGUACGUGAACUAUCCCACGCAACUGCAUGAUCAAAACAAAACAAAAAUUGACCACGCUAAAAAGUUGUUUACUUCUCAAGAAAACGUUCACGUUUUUAGUCGUGUUUCUACAAGGUUAAAGUGAUUAUAUAUAAACAGAAAAAUAUUUCAGUUUCAUAGCCUAAUUGUUCAUUUUUAGCAAAAAGUACAAAACCAAACAUGAAACAAAAAAACACGUCCACCUGUUAAUAGGCUGUUACAGCUCAUAGAUUGAGUAAACGGCAGGAUUCAAUUAGCUUCAACCUUGUUUUCAUCGAUUUGAUCCUUCACAAUAAUCCUUGGCUGUCCAUGGCACUCAAAUAAAUCGAAAAGUUGACAAAAACAAAACAGUAAAAACAACAUUGCCGAUCGAUUUUGCUGAAUGAAAACUCGUUCUGCGCCCGCGUACAAUCUUUUACUAGUCAGCGACGCUUUUCAAUAGGGGAAUUUCUCAAGUUACACGAGGCUAUUUUCUAACUUUAUUUGCACUUUACUCAUUAGUUUCAUCGGUGACCUAUCUUCAAAUUUUAACCACACAUUUAUUUUGCGGUAAAUUUUAUAAAUUUCAAUUUUUAAAAAAAUCUCUAGUGUGGAAAUUUCGCAAUAAAAUUUUCGCUUUUAAAAAAAUCACUUUUUUAAACUUUCACCACAGUUGCAGAGCAUCAUUCCCUAUUGAUAUAUGAAAUAAAAAAGAUAGGUCACCGACAUCGUUUUUGAGAUAGCGGCACAUUUAUGGGUUAAAUUGGAAGGUUUUAUGCUGUCGUCAUGUUGCCAUGGGAACAUUGACGUUGUCGAAAUCUAGUUCGAAAUAUUCCUUAGGUGACCAAUAUUGCCACCAAGUCGAAAAGAAUUAGCGUUCUGCACGAAUAAGCCUGUCUUAAACAAGAAUAACUGUAGGGAGCCACCUUAAACUUAAUUAACUUUGUUACAGUACGUGUACAUGUACGUGUGUAUCAAACACGCACAACUGAAACGCCAAAAAAUAUUGCCGCAGGGGGGGCAAUAACGCAAAUUUACUUUUCGAUUUUUUUCUUGUCUAUCCGGUUUAUUAGAAUUAGAGGAUUUACUUUUUGACCUGCAAACAAUUUGACUUCUUUAAAAACAUGACAUGUUAUUGAUGUUUCUGUGUUGGUGUAAUGUACUCAGGUGAACAUGAUGCUUGUGAUGUUACUCUGAGUGUAUAUCCACACCAGGCAAGCUUGAAAAAUAUACUUGACCACGGUGCUUGAUGUCGCAGUUGUAUACAGUAGUUGUUAUAUUUUAGGUAGUAGUAAGUAACCUAAAACAUAUCAAGAUAGCAAUGAUAUACGAAAACAUGAUAUACGAAAAAGCUAAUUAAUACCCCGUCCAAUACUACAUCAUUUCAUUAGGACAAUAUCAAUUUUUGCGGGGUGGGGUUAGAGCUGGUGGCUAUCCUCUUUUUAUCAUAUUCCGAUUGAAUAUUUUUGAAUAACACUAAAUUAUUUUAACGUCUUUAGGCUAGUCAAAUCAAGGAGUCGAUGCUGAAGCCAAUACGAAUUGAGGCCGGUCUUGGAAAUCCCCCAAGAGAGUACACGAAUAAUGACCCGGAAGCAGCAAAUUUUAUGAUUAAGCAUGCCCUAAAGUUUGAUGCAAAGCGACCUCACGAGUUUGUGGACGACAUACGAAACAUCGUGGAGACGCAAUAUCGCAACGAAGAUCGCGCGGUGUUUGGCAAGGGGCCAUAUGAGGUACGACCUGAGUUUCAACAUCUUGCUGUUGACGAAAAGCAGUGGGGUUCUCUAAGCCACGAAGAAAGAAAAUCCAGACUUGAGAAGUAUGUAAACAGUGGCAUGGAUUGCAAGAAAGAUCUCUCAAAGUGUAAACGCAAGGACCGUGAUGAUUCGUCUACUCCGUCGACACCGGUAAUCUCAAUGACUGCCUCUCGGACAGGUAUCUCAACCAUGCCAAUGUCGGUCCUUCAAAUCCUGUUUGAUAAGGCAGACAAACUUGCUAGAACACAAAACAACGUAAUACCAAAACCGGGAGCCUCUGACGGGUCUUAUGUUGUUGCAGGUUAUGGCAACACAACCCAUAGCGUUACCCCAGGGAAAGGAGGAUCAUUGAAAUGUGACAGAAGUUGCAUAAAUGCUUCGACAGGAAUUUGUGAGCACGUUAUAGCGGUGGCGCAUGUUCGUGGGUCACUGGAUGAUUUUGUCCAGUGGUUCAAACGAGCCAAGAAAGGUCCAAAAGUUAUGGACAUGGCUCUCGGUAGCGGACCCCAAAACGCCGGGAAAAAGCCGAGUCGGCGGAAGAGAACCAACAAAAAAAAAGGCUCUUGUUAUUGAGACGGUUGACAUGUUUGCUGACAACGAUAAUGACUUAUCGACUCAGGGAAUGCCCUCCUUGCCCGUCCAGCAACAGUUAUCAUCCGCAGGUGUCCAACAACCUUCACUUUCUAUGCCCCUCCAACAGCCGUCAAUUUUCAUGCCAUGUCAACAACCGUUAUAUUCUGCAUCCCUCCGACAACCUUCGCCUUCUAUGCCCCUACAACAGCCAUCAAUUUUCAUGCCCUGUCAAAUAACGUCAUCUGCUGUUCCGUUCCAACAACAUGUCCCUGCCAGCUCGAUCCGACAAGCGCCGCCUUUCGCUCAACAACUGCCUAAUGUCGUUUGGUCGCAACAAACAGGAGCAACCGUACCUUCACAACCACUGUUGUCUGUUAAUCGAACUUCAGUAGCAUCACCUCAACUAACCUUGCACAGAAAUGACCAAGGUACCAGUCUUCCUGCUAGUGCUCGCUUAGUACAGCAACAAAGUUUUUUUCCACCUUCCACCGUUCCCAGUCAAGGGAACUUGUUCAAAUUAAAGUGGGUUCCAGGGACCACUGUGUCACGUUGCUAUGGUUGCGGCAGGGAUAUAGAGAACCCUCCUCACUCCAUUCCUGAUGACCUUGUCGUAGUUUACCGAGAUCAUCGGCAAUAUCGUGAAAGAGAAACAGGGCAAACCCGCUUCACUGCAGAACCCCAAAAUGUCCAUUUUCACCUCAGAAUGGCAUGUAUAAGAACACGGUAUCCGGAAUUUCCAGCUAGUGCCCUUGUUGUUCCUGCCAAUUUUCGCCAACAUUUUCGACAGGAACACGUUGAGAGAUUGAACGCGGAGUUUGGAUUGACAAUUUAGAUAAGUGGAAGGCGGAUAAGCUUACUUUCCAUGGUAUUCAACCUCUUCAUUAUCAGGCUAUAUAGCAUUCAACACUGGUAUUUCCGCAGUAUUAACUAUUAACAAUAAUCUGACAGCAGGAAUGAGACCUGAUUAACAUAGUUUAGUUCUUAUAACUGAAAGCACAUAAUAGUUUUUUAGUUUUCACGAGUUUUCGGUUGUAGCACUAAUUUUGAUAUAUUUCAUUAUAAUAUUGGUCCAGGUCAAAAACAGCAUUUUUUAGAAUCAUAUCGUCUGAAAAUUGUUCAGGGUGAAACUCAUUCAGUAUAUAAAAACAAGUGUGCACGUGAUAGCUUUGUGCAUGCGCAUCACCUAGAACAGUAGAUGUCUUGAGAACGUGAUACAGUAGAAUUUUGCUAACUCGAAGAGUUAUUCCAUUAAAAUGCACCGCAAUGGCUUAAAGUAACAGAAAUCCCUGUUAACCGAACAUGUGCUAACUUGAAUAAUCUUCGCCUCUCAUUCGAGAUAGCGAGAUUCUACUGUAUAAUAGAUGGCACUUUGCAUGUAUGAUUAUUUUAACAAUAAAAGACCGUUUCUGUGGGAUAUACCGCUGAAACAAAGCCGAAUAUAAGAUGGGAGCCAUUCGCGGCUAACGAUAAACAGUGCUUGUAAUUCAACUUUAUUCUAUUUACGAAAAUAGCAAUGAAUUAUCAUAGAUCAUAAUAAAUUAAACAUAGUAGAAUGUGUGCACGAUAUAAAUUUGUUGAAUGUGUAUAGUUCAGCUGCUUUUUCGUUUUUUGUAAUUUGUACUUUGUAGAUACACAAAGCUUUCGAUCCGUGAUCGAGGCCUACAAAGUAUAAAUUAUAUUUUUUUCACCAUGCAAACAUGCAAAGAACUUAUUCGUUUUUUAAAAUUUUUUUUAUGAUUGCCGUUCGCGUUCCCACUUCCGUUCCCACUUCCGUUCCCAUUCCCCGUUCCCAUUCCCCGUUCCCAUUCCCCGUUCCCAUUCCCUGUUCCCAUUCCCCGUUCCCAUUCCCCGUUCCCAUUCCCCGUUCCCAUUCCCCGUUCCCCGAUUCCCCGUUCCUUGUUUUAAAGAUAGCCUACUAAGCAUACUAUUAAACAAUAAGUCUUGCAAGAUAUUUCCUUCAUAGUAUCAAUUCGUAAUAUUGUCUUAGUAAUUAGUUUGUGUAUAUUAGCCGAACGAGGCAAUACGAUCUGGUAUAUACGUAUCCAGUGAAAUAGUGGCUGGGCUACAUGAUAUGAUAUUACUAGGGAACUAGGGUAUUCUGCAAUACUUCUAUUUGUGGAAAGUGGUCGUGAUGGUCGCUUUGAAUCUUCUACUAUUUCCUCGCACGCUAGUUAUCUUAUCGCGAUUCUCUUCAAUUGGGAUGAUAUACAGUUUUAACUCGCAAUAACAGUUCUUGAGUAUUUUUGGAACCAGAAAAACAAGUUUGUAGUUUACUAUACUGGCAAAUCGUUCAUCUUUCUACACGUGGUCGAAGAAGAACAACGUGGAGAUCAGUGAUGGAUAUACGGUGCACCAGUGGGUUACGCAGGGUACGAAGGGAUCCAUCGAUAACGCGCGGUGGCCUGGACGCGGAUCAAUGAUGCGUCCGACUAUCAAUGAGAAGUCCGACUGUCUACGGAAAAAAAAAAUUUGCUUCGGCGACGCGAGUGGUAAGGGAAUCAGCGCAGCAGUGUACACAGUCGUCACGCAAGAGUCAGGAACAACACAAGGUUUGAUUACAGCCAAGUCUCGUAUCGCGAAACAAGGUCUGACCAUCCCACGCUUAGAACUUGUGGCAGGUCACAUGGCGGUCAACCUUGCUGCGAAUGUUCGUGAAUCCCUCAACGGUUUUAGUCUGGAUCCAAAUAUACAGUGUUGGUUGGACAGUACUGUCGCCCUCCACUGGAUAGUCCGUAUCGACAGUUUGUUGCCAAUCGGGAAAGGAAGAUACAAAGUCAUCCAAAUGUUAUCUGGCGACAUGUUCCCACUAGAGAAAAUCCGGCAAAUCUUGGCAGUCGGGGCGGAAGCGUGACUGAUGUACACUUGUGGUGGAAGGAUCCAUCUUGACUUGCCGACCAAGAGAAACGGCCUCCUAACAUUGUGACGCAAUCCAGUCCAGAGAGUCGAGCAGAAAGGAAGGUUCAAAAAGAGCUUUUCGCAGGUGCGGUUGAGGGAAGUAAUGACCUUGAUCAUAUCCUCGGAAAGUUCGGCUUGAGUAAAGCCAGGAGAGUUGGUGCUUGGGUCUCGCGAUUCACGCACAAUUCUCGACACCCUUCCUACAAGAUUCAGGGACCUUUGACAACAGAAGAGAUCGAUAAUCAAGAAUUACUUUCGAUCAAGAGAGCCCAAAACAAGGGAAUGAGUGAUGUUGAAUUCCUCGAAGACAAGGCACAGCUGCAUUUGUAAUCAAAUUCCGAGGAGGUUCUGGUGUGCAAAGGACGUAUACAAGGAUAAUGUACUAAAACUGUCUGUACCAGU